AUGAGCGCCGAGCACGACCCAUUCGCAGCGCAGGAGGGUGAGGAGGAUCAGUUUGAGAUCCUCGGCCCUAUGGUGGUGGCCAAGCUUGCCGAAUACGGCAUUUCGACGCAGGAUUGCGCAAAGCUGGCGGAAGCUGGCCUACACACCAUUGAGGCCGUCGCAUUCACGCCCAAGAAACAAUUGUGCACCAUCAAGGGCAUCUCCGAGGCCAAGGCCGACAAGAUCCUCGCUGAGGCAUGCAAGCUUGUUCCGAUGGGCUUUACGACCGCCACGGAGAUCCACCACCGUCGCUCUGAGCUCGUGCACAUUACCACGGGGUCUGUGGGCCUCGAUACUAUCCUCGGCGCUGGCGGUAUCGAGACUGGCGCGAUUACUGAGCUGUUUGGCGAGUUCCGCACUGGCAAGUCGCAGAUCUGCCACACGCUCGCGGUCACAUGUCAGCUCCCUGUCUCGAUGGGCGGCGGUGAGGGCAAGUGCCUCUACAUCGACACUGAGGGAACUUUUCGCCCUGUUCGCAUGCUCGCCGUGGCUGAGCGCUAUGGCCUCAACGGCGAGGAGGUGCUCGACAACGUCGCCUAUGCCCGUGCAUACAACGCCGACCACCAGAUGCAGCUCCUUGUCCAGGCGAGCGCUAUGAUGGCUGAGUCUCGUUUCUCUCUCUUGAUAGUCGACUCUUGCACGUCGCUCUACCGUACCGACUUCUCUGGUCGUGGCGAGCUGAGCGCACGACAGAUGCAUCUCGCCAAGUUUCUGCGUACACUUAUGCGACUGGCCGACGAGUUCGGCGUCGCGGUCGUCGUCACCAACCAGGUCGUGGCACAGGUAGACGGAGGCCAGUUCGCACAAGCCGAUGCCAAGAAGCCCAUUGGUGGUAACAUCAUGGCCCACGCGUCUACGACGCGUCUGUCGUUGCGCAAGGGACGAGGCUCAUCGCGUGUCUGCCGCAUCGUUGACAGCCCAUGCCUACCAGAGGCCGAAGGCAUCUUCGCCAUCAACGCGAACGGUAUCGGCGAUCCAGAGGAGUUGAAGGAGUAG